UUGGCAAAUAAAUUAUAAAAAUGGACUUAAAGAAGUUUGACCGUUUCCUCGCAAUUCUAAACCCUGGAGAUGAGAAAUUGCCAAAAGUAAAGAACACAAAUAACACAAGAGAUAUCCCAGGAGCUCAGCCUGAUGCUUAUGGGAAGCUCAAGAAGAUCACAGGAAGAGACUACAACAAUAUCUCAGACAUUGUUGGAGCCAAGCCUAAGUUCAAAGAAAAGAGGCCUCUUUACAACAAAGAGCAAUACUCGCUCUUGACUAAAGAUAUCAAUAGCCAAGGUAAGAGGAUUAUUGUCAAGGAUACUAAUCCUCUCGAUCCAAGGUAUAUCCUCUCAACUAAGUCAGGAAGAAAGCAAAUAAUCGGAGAUAUUGAAAGCUCACAUCCGAAAUAAAUAUGGCCAGAGACCUUUAGGUGUUGACACAAAGAGAUCCAUGAGAACUGAUGAUAUCCAAGGAGCUCAACCAUUCUACAAGCGUAAUGUAGUUCUUCAUUUCAACAAGAAAAAUGGCAAAAGAUGUCCCUAAUAAUCAAAAUCCAAGUAUUGAACUUAAUAGCACCCUCCAAUCAGCUACGAAUCUGAAUUCAGUGAGAAGGCACAAAAGGGAGAUUUCUCCAUAUGAAGAACGCUCCAAAAGCAAUACUAGCAAAAUAAACUCUUACGAAGAACUAAAUGAAAGGAGUAAGAGUAAGAGGGCUCUUAAAAUUGCAUCAACACGAAGCAGGACUCGUGAAAUUGGCAAUCCCGCUCCUCAGGUAUACAGUUAUAGACAUAAAAAGCCUAAUAAGCCAAAUAAAUACAGUAACAUUGUCAUUGAAAAGUCUAAGAGAGAUAGGAAUAUUCUAAACGACUUCAAAAGUUUCAUUCAAUCUGGAAACUCUGAGUUAUCCCAGAGAAGGGAAUCUUCAAGGUAUAAUCUACCAAGACAGCCGGCUUCAAAGACUCAGCUAGGGAAGGUUGCCUCUCUAUUGACAAGGAACAUCCCAAUGUCCAUAGGAAAAAGCGUUGGAGUAGAUAAUAUAACAAACAAAUCUUCAAUUAUAGCUGAAAGACCAAUGAAGUUUAGAAAAAGUACACCACGGUUGGAAUUUCUAAACAAGGAUAGAACACCUCCGAGGCCAAAAGAUCAAAUGAAAUUUGCUCUAAUGGAUUCAUCUCUUGGUUUAACACCAGACCCAAUACCUAGGUCCAAGAGGAAGAUAUUUGACAAAUCCUCUGGAGUGUAUGGCAACUUUUCUGUGCUGGAUUCCUUAGACAAGAGCAUUGGGAUGCUUAAUAAGAACAAAAAUAGGAGUAUUAUUUUCUAAACUAUUUUCAACCCAGC